GCCGCCCGCCCCGGCCGCGGGGCGCUGGCUCCGGCCGCAGCCAGGCUCGUCGGCGCGGGCACAACGAAGCGCCAGAGCGGCGUGAAGCAUAUACAUUGGCACCACGCACUGGCACGCAAAAAACGGCCCAGACAAAGGUCGAGUGCGACAGAUUGAAUUCCGCCCGAAGGACGGGUCGUCGCCAAAGGAGGUGGAACGGGAGCACCUCGCCGCCGUCGAGGCGCUGCGGCAGCUCGAGAGGGAGGACCAGGUCGGGCGGCUCCGCGCGCGCGGUCGCCACCGUGCGGAGCGCCAGAGCGGCGUCAAAUACGUCGUCUGGCUGACAGCAACGAAGGUGUGGCGUGUUCAGUACAGGAUAAGGAACGGUCCAGCCAGAGGUGCCUGGAUGAUGCCCACUUUCCGCCCAAAGGACGAGUCGCCAGAGGAAGUGGAACGGACGCGGCUCGCCGCCGUCGAGGCGCUGCGGCGGAUAGAGGCGUCCGACGCCGCCGCGCCCGCCGAUGAGGAGAGGGAGCGGCUGGCCGCCUUCUGCAGGCGCUACCCCGUCGGCGACGGCAUCUUCGAGCUCUUGGCGAGGCAGCCGGCCGAGGUGCAGUCCGAGGUGCUCUCGAGGUUCUGCCCGCCGGAGGAGGGCCUGUCCGACUACUCGGCGCUGCUGGACAGCCUCCUCCAGACCAUCAGAAAGCGCGAGGGCUUCUGAGAGGCGCCGCCGUCUCCUGAAAAGGCCUGCACCCUCUCACUUCCCCCCUGGGCUCGCCGCCGAGCCCGAUCCUUCUUCCCCGCCCAGCAUCGAGAUGCAGACAGGCCGCGCUUGCGCCACUCUGGGAGCGCAUCGGAUUUGGGGGUUUCGCGCGCGCGUGCUCGCGAGCACGGCCUGGCAAUCUGCAGCGACGCCCCCCCACAAAAAUCCGUGCCAGGGUCGCAAAGCGGGGCAGGCGUGGCACUUUCUCGGCGC